GAUGCUGCAGUUCACUCGCUCAGGAUGCCAGUCUUAUUCACCAUCAUUGGGAUCUGUGCAAUCGCUGCCCUUCUUCUGGCAGCGUUUGGCCCCUAUAUCAGAAGAUGUGCUGCUGGGGGAGUGUGUACAUCUGACGCAAGGCUAGAUGGAAAAACUGUCUUGAUCACUGGGGCUAACACAGGGAUUGGAAAGGAAACAGCACGGGAACUGGCACGGAGAGGUGCUCGGGUAAUCAUAGCCUGCAGAGAUUUGACCAAGGCAGAAGCUGCAGCCCAUGAGAUUCGGGAAGACACGGGGAAUAAACAAGUCAUUGUUCGGGAGUUGGAUCUUGCCAACACUAAGUCUAUAUACCAAUUUGCUGAAAAUAUCAUGAAAGAGGAAAAGCUCAUCAAUAUUUUGAUCAACAAUGCUGGAGUGAUGAUGUGUCCCUACACAAAGACAACGGAUGGCUUUGAGAUGCAGUUUGGUGUAAAUCACCUGGGCCAUUUCUUGCUGACCUACCUGCUUCUUGACCUCAUUAAACAAUCAGCCCCUGCUCGCAUUGUUAAUGUAUCAUCCUUCGCUCAUGUUUUCGGUCGAAUCAACUUUAAAGACCUUCAGAGUGAAAAAAGCUACGAUGGAGGCUUGGCUUACUGCCAAAGUAAACUGGCAAAUGUGCUGUUCACUCGGGAAUUGGCCAAGCGCCUGAAAGGCACUAAGGUCACCGUGAAUUCUGUGCAUCCGGGCUCUGUCAAAUCCGAACUCACCAGGCACUCGUUCAUCAUGUCCUUAGCAUGGAAGGUUCUGACAUUCCUUAUCAAAACACCGAAACAGGGGGCACAGACAAGUAUAUACUGUGCUGUAGCUGAAGAGUUGCAAGAGAUUUCUGGAACACAUUUUAGUGACUGUAGACCUGCAUUUGUGGCGCCUCAAGGUAGGAACGAAGAAACAGCAAGGAAGUUAUGGGAUGUCAGCUGCAAACUUUUGGAGAUUCGAUGGGAUUGAACUAAUUAGAAAAUGAAAUUCGAAGGAAACAAGUAUAAAGAGCAACUGACUGCUUUCUUUUAACUACUUUUGAUAGUUCCUACAAAAACACUCCAGAAAGUGCAACUUUUUGACUAACAGAUUGUUGCUUCUGAAGUUGGUCACUGCACCAAUCUAAACAUCAACCUAUAAUCGCAAAUCUUGCCUGCUACUGCCAUAUGAUUUUGGCUAUUAAGGGGAACCUAAUAUUUUGCUCUGGUUUCCAAAUCACCUGUGUCAAUAUCUCAGUACAUGAUAGUGAACUAUCAAACUACAACAAUAACUGCUUCAGCGCAACAUUACAGUUAACAUGUUGCUGCAUAGUACUGACAAUGCAUUAAUGACCAGCAUUGCUUUGUGCUUUAGAAAGAUAGUUUGGGUUCUUCAUUGUAAACCAGCAGUAAACAUUUAAAGUGAGAACUUUUUUUAAAAUUAUGCAAUAAGAAAGUGCUGCAGAAGACAAGAAACAGAAAGCUCUUGAAGGUGCUGUCUCCUUUCAAGCAACAGGUGUUAUCCUUGGAAUCCUGGUCAAUAUCGUCAGUCAACAUUAAAGAAAUAUUAGCGAGUUUUGAGAAUAUUAGCUCAGCUUGAAGUUCUGGAUGUAAGUUUGCUCGCUGAACUGGAGAGUUUGUUUUCAGACAUUUCAUUCCCAUACUUGGUAACAUCAUCAGUGAAUCUCCAGUGAAGCAUUGGUGGUAUGGCCCGGUUUUAUUUUUGUGUUUGGGUUUCCUUGGAUCGGUGAUGCCAUUUCCUGUUCUUUUUCUCGGGGGGUGGUAAAUGGGAGGAGGAAAACAACAACAAACUGCCAUUCCUAGAUGUCACAGUAGAGCGGACAAUCAAUAGGGAACUUCAAACCAGCAUCGACAGGAAAACACAAUAUACAGACCAAAUACUGAACUACAGAAGCAAUCAUCCCAACAUCCAAAAAACAAAGCUGCAUUAGAACAUUAUGUCAAUGAGCCAAGACAUACUGCAGCACAGAGGAACUAGGAAGAGGAGAGGAAAAUCACCUAUACAGUGUAUCCAAAAAGAACGGGUACCCAAUGAACACAGUCCACCGAUUUUUCAGGAACAAACCCCAACAAGCAGAUAAAACAUAUCCAGAAAACCGAGCCAUUCUCCCCUACAUCAAUGGCACCUCGGAAAUGACUGCCAGAUUACUCAAGACCCCUUGGCAUCAUGGUAGCCCACAAACCCACCAACACACUAAAACAGCAGCUAAUGAACUUGGAAGACACUGCACAGACAAACAAAACUAAUGUAACUUACAAAAUACCUUGCAAUAACUGUUACAAACACUGCAUUGGACAAACAGGCAGAAAACUAGCCUUCAGGAUACAUGAACAUGAACUAGCCACAAAAGGACCUGACCCAUUCUCACUAGUAUCCUUACAUACAGAUGAGGAAGGACACCACUUCGACUGGGACAACACAUCCAUCCUAGGACAAGCCGAACAGGGACAGGCAUGAGAAUUCCUAGAAGUAUGGCAUUCCAACCAGAACUCCAUCAACAAAUACAUUGACUUGGAUCCCAUUUACCACCCCCUGAGAAAAAGAACAGGAAAUGACAUUACCAACCAAACACAUAUAUAAACCAGGGCCAUACCACCAGUGCUUCACUGGAGGCACACUAUUGAUGCUACCUAGUAUGGUGACAAUGUCUGAAAACAAACCUUCCAGCUCAGUGAGCAAAUUUACAUCCAUUAAAAAAAUAUUACUGUAUAAGAGAGAUUGUGCAUAAAUUGGUUGUAAUGUUUCCUGUAACAAUGACUAUAUUACCAUUUUGGAAUUCCAGGUGUCACAA